AUGACGCCUUCUUUCCCUGUCCUCGUGCUGGCCACUGGAGACUGGCUAGUGGAGGGUCACCGAUCCGAGUCAAGAGAGCAUACCAAGCAAGCAUCAUCCCCCUCCAGCGUCAACAAACCACCCACCAUGUCGUUCUUCGGCUUCGACACUGGUCUGCCGGACGACCCCCGCGCAAAGCAGGGACAGCACAGCCAGUUCGCCUCCCGCGCUGAUCAGGACACCUUUGGCUCCUUCGACCGAGCCGGAGAGGAGGACCUCGCCGUCUACAACUGGGGCGAGGGCGGUCUGCUCGAGAGCGGCGACGACUUCAACGAUGAGACCUUUGGCGACACGGGCGACUUCGGCAACGACUUCCAGUUCGCCGCGGCCCCGGAACCGGCCCAGUCCAAGCCCAAGGUUGCCUCAACUUCUUCCCGCUUCGGACCCAAGGCUCAGGUCGACCUGUUCGCCGCGACCGAGGAUGACUUCUACACCUCGCAACCGACCAAGACGCCCAAGAAGAAAAACAACGAGCCUCAGCCGCUGUGGGCUAAUGCUUCGCCGGCGAACGCGUGGGGCGCCGCCCCCAUUGCUCCUCCUGUCUCUGGACAUCAGCCUAGCAAGAUCCUCUCGCUCGAGGAGAUCGAGGCCGAGAUGGCUCGCGCUUCGAUCGGCAACAAGCAGCAGCCACAGUACGCCCCUCAGCAGCAGCAGCAGUACGCGCCGUCGCCGCAGCAUGUGCCCCAGCAGUACCAGCAGCCGCCUAAGCACACCCAGCCCGGUCACCAGGUUCUCAGCCUCGAGGAGAUUGAGCGCCAGAUGAUCGGCGGUGGACCUUCGCCUGGCCCCGCCCAGGCUCCCCAGCAGCCGCCCCUCGGCCAGUCGCCUCACGGACAGCAGCUUCACGACCAACCGCCGCGCUCCCAGGCGCAGAACAUUCCGCCUGGCAUGCACGGCCGCUCCGGCUCAGCGCAGCUCUCGACGCCUCCGAUCGCCGGCACGCCUCCCGCCCCGGGCCUGAACGGAUCCGGCUACGCGAAGCAGCAGGCGCUCCUCGACUCCAUGUUCCCGGAUCUGCAGCAGGCGAACCAGCAACCCGGUCAGCCGCCCGCGCCGGGGCCGCCUCAGCACCCUGGCACGCCCGGCUUCCAGGGUCCUCCGCCGGGACAGCCGCAGCCGUCUCCUGAAGAGCUGGCGCGCAUGGAGGAGCUGCACAAGCGCAUCACUGCCAAGAUCGAGGGCAUGAGCAAGUACAACAACCUGAUGGGCAACUCGGACAAGGACUUCAUCACGCGUAUCCAGCUUUCGCAGCUUGCCACGAGUGACCCGUACUCCUCCGACUUCUACGCGCAGGUCUUCUCUGCGCUCGCCAGGCGCGCGCAGGACGCGCAGGGCAACGAGUCUGGCCCGACUGUCGUCCAGAUCGCUCCCGGCAUGGGUCUCGGUGUCGGCGGCCCCGUUGGCAACCGUUUCGGAAAGAUGGGCAGUGCGACGAUGAACCGCCUCACGACGCAGGUCAAGAAGCUCGUCUCGACCACGGCUAAGCGUCAGCAGGCCAUGUCCUCUGACGCUCUCGCCGGUGCGCUCGGUCGCGUCCGCCGCGGCGCGAACCAGGCUGCUCCCCGUCCCGUUCUGGCCGUCCCGAAGCCGGAGCACCGUCCCGCCGCCGUCGCGCAGCUCAACCAUUCGUCCGGCCCGACCCGCGAGCCUCUCACCCGCAAGCAGGUCAUGUAUGCGCUCGAGGAGCUGUACGACGACUGCCUCGAGCUCGAGCAGAUGCGCCGUGAGGCGCCCCCGCCGACAGAUGUGCCCCGCGUCGAGGCGUGGAACCAGCAGUGCGCUGCCAAGGUCGACGACCUCUGGCGCAAGCUCAUGGUCAUGGAGCCGCUCGGCGUCAGCACGCCCCACCCGUUCAUCUCGCUCAUCAACCCGCUCAAGGGUCAGCGCCUCUUCCCCCGUCUCCUCCGCCACCUCGACCACCAGCGCGCCCUCACCCUCCUUACCCUACUCAUCGCGACCUACCCUCAGCUUGAGGUCGUUGCCCGCGCCCCCCCGCCCCCCGUCGCCGACGUGUCCCUUCUCACGAAGGCGGACCGGGAAGACCGCGCGCGCCGCGAGGCGCAGACCGACUCGUUCCUGCACUGCGUCAUUCCCGGCGUCGACAUGCUAAUCAACCAGUGCAACCUCGGCCUCGUCGCCGGUCUGCUGGGUAUCUGCACGCAGCGCAUGGAGCUCGGUGCCGUCGCCGCCACGCGUCCCGGAGUGGCGCUCUUUACUGCCCUCCUGUCCCGCGCCCAGUCGCUCGUGCGCGGCGAGGCGCCCAUCGACCCCGCCGAGCGCGAGCAGUGGACCAAGACCUUCGACUACUUCCUACAGACGAUCAGCCCGCACCUCCCGGACCUGUUCCCGGCCACGCUGGCGCAGAAGGCCGUCUUCGGCCCCAGCGCCUACCUGCUCAGCUCGGAGGGCCAGGCGCGCCAGGACCGCGACCACGGUGAGAUGGAGCGGCGCGAGGCCGAGGUGUGGGGCCUCGCGGCCGCGCUCGCCGUCAAUGCGCCCGAGGACCAGCAGACCAACCUCGUCGCCGCGCUGCGCGACAAGAUCCUGCACACGGUCCAGGCUGCGCGCUACCCGAAGACGCCCCGCGAGAAGGCAGAGCUCAAGCUCAGGAACGUCAAUAUGUUCCUGCACGGACUGGGUCUGGACGCGAGCAUGAUCGAGUAG